CAAAUCCUGUUUUGUGUAAAUACUGCUGUGUGAGAGGAAAGGAAAGUGAAACUGAUCAUUCAGGGGAAACUCUGAGAGACAGUGUGCUCCACACAGCUGAGAGACUCCGAGACCCACAAGUACCAUGGCAGUUUCCGAAAGUGAGCACACAGAACAAGUAAAGAAGUACAAGACCUGGCUGCUUUCUCCUAAACUGUUGGGAUGUUUUGUGCUUGUGGCAGCUUUUGGGAUUCACAUUUUGAAGCAACAGAGCAGCUCUUCAAGUGAGCAAGUAACAGAAUUCAACAAUGACCUUCGGAUCUUGCUGAUUGGAAAGACCGGUGUUGGCAAGAGUGCAACAGGAAACACCAUCCUUGGAAAAAAGGCUUUUAAAUCUGAGACCUCAUCUUCAUCUGUAACCACAAUGUGCGAGAAAGUCCAUGAAAGUAUAUAUGGUAGAAAAGUGUCUGUUAUUGACUCUCCAGGACUGUUUGACACUCAGUUAUCUGCAGACGAGGUGGUCACUCGGAUUAAGCUGUGCAUUCCAUUCUCUGCCCCAGGACCUCAUGUCUUUUUAGUUGUGAUUAAAAUAGACAGAUUUACAGAGGAAGAAGAAAAAACAGUUAAGAUUUUCCAAGCAAUUUUUGGGGAAAAGUCGUCCAGUUAUACCAUUGCUCUCUUCACUCAUGGAGAUCGACUAAAGGGGAAAAAUAUUCAUCAGUUUGUACGCAACAAUACAAAACUUUUCAAUUUCAUCAAGAAAUGCAGAGGCGGAUACCAUGUGUUCGAUAAUGAAGAUCAGAAUCCAGAACAAGUCAUCCAGCUCCUGGACCAGAUUGAUAUGAUGGUGACUGUAAAUGGUGGAGAUUAUUACACUACAGAGAUGCUUCAGGAGGCAGAGAGAGAGAUAGAAGCAGAGAAACAGCGGAUCCUGAAGGAGAAUGAAGCACAGAGACAGAAGGAGAUAGAAGACCUGAGGGCGAAGUUUGAAGGAGAAGACUUUGAGAGAGAGAGAAAAAAGAAAACUAAGCAACAUGAAGAGGAAGCAAGAGAAAAGGCUGAAACAUAUUACUCUUAUUUUUCAAAAUUUAUUCAGAUUUUAUUUGACAUGAUAUUACGAUAUUAUGGAUUCAAACCACCAGGCCAUGUUUCAAAUUUCCACUUUAAUAAUUUCCAUAGCACUCCAAACUCAGAUCUGAUAGACUCCACAACGUCUACAAGCAAGAUGACAGGACGAUUAAAGCAGUACAUGGCCUGGCUUCUUUCUCAUAAACUCCUGCUGCUGGCAUGUUUUAUGGUUGUGGCAACUUUUGCGAUUCAGAUUUUUAUGCAAGAGAGCAGUUCUUCGAGUGAACAAGUAACAGAAUUCAACAAUGAGCUUCGGAUCCUGCUGAUCGGAAAGACCGGUGUGGGCAAGAGCGCAACAGGAAACACCAUCCUUGGAAAAAAGGCUUUUGAAUCUGAGCUCUCUUCUUCCUCUGUAACUACAGAGUGUAAAAAAGCUGUUGGAAGUGUAUAUGGUAGAAAAGUGUCUGUUAUUGACUCUCCAGGAUUGUUUGACACUCAGUUAUCUGAAGAUGAGGUGGUCAGUCGGAUUAAGCUGUGCAUUCCAUUCUCUGCCCCAGGACCUCAUGUCUUUUUAGUUGUGAUUCAAAUAGGUAGAUUUACAGAUGAAGAAGAAAAAACAGUUAAGAUAUUUCAAGCAAUUUUUGGGAAAAAUUCUUCCAGUUACACCAUGGCUCUCUUCACUCAUGGAGAUCGACUAAAGGGGAAAAAUAUUCAUCAGUUUGUACGCAACAAUACAAAACUUUUCAAUUUCAUCAAGAAAUGCAAAGCCGGAUACCAUGUGUUCGAUAAUGAAGAUCAGAAUCCAGAACAAGUCAUCCAGCUCCUGGACCAGAUUGAUAUGAUGGUGACUAUAAAUGGUGGAGAUUAUUACACUACAGAGAUGCUUCAGGAGGCAGAGAGAGUGAAUACUAGUGAAGUGAGGAUCGUGCUGGUGGGAAAGACUGGAGUAGGGAAGAGUGCUGCAGGAAACACUAUCCUGGGAGAAGAAGCAUUCAGAUCUGAGUUGUCCAGCUCGUCUGUGAGCUCAGACUGUGAAAAAGUCAAAGGGAAAAUAAAUGGCAGAAAGAUUGCUGUAAUAGAUACACCAGGCCUUUUUGACACUGACAUUUCAAAUGAUGAAAUUACAAAAAGGAUCAAGACAUGCGUAUUCCUCUCUGCACCGGGCCCGCAUGUGUUUUUGGUGGUUAUCCAACUGGGAAGAUUCACAAAAGAAGAGGAAGCCACAUUGGAAAUAAUCAAGAGUAUCUUUGGUGAUGAUUCCCUACAGUACAUCAUGCUGCUCUUCACACAUGGAGAAAGACUGGCAAAAAGUAAGAUGACUAUUCAUGAAUUCGUUAGAGAAACUCCUCAACUGAUUAACUUUAUUCAGACCACCAGUGGACGAUAUCACGUGUUUAACAAUGAUGUCAAUGACCCAAUGCAGGUUAACAUGCUGCUUGAACAGAUAGAGCAGCUGAUUACAAGAAAUGGUGGACAUCACUACACAAAUGAAAUGCUUCAGAUGGCUGAAAAAGCAAUUCAAGAGGAGCAGUUAAGGAUUCAAAGAGAAACUCAAAUGGAUGCUGAGCAAGCAAGAGAUAAAGCAGAAAGAAGCAAUAUGUACAAGAAAACUGCUGCUGGUGUUGGAGUAGCUACUGUAGUUGCAGGUCUCACUGCUGCUGCAGCACUCCGAGGACAAUGCACAAUACAGUAAUAUAUCAUUACGGAUCACGUCUGAAAUUAAGUAGACUGGACAAGGAUUAUUGACUUUAAAAUGUAAGGACAGGGAGGGUGACAGUAAAUUUUAUAAAAGAUCUCAAAAUUAGAUAUCUUCAUUUCCUAUAUUGCAUGCAGCCCUACACUGAGUUACAGUUCUAAUGUAAUGGAAAAGAGUGUAUGUUUUCUAUUGUUAUAUUCACUUACAAAAACAAUAAAACAAUGCAUGAAGUAAAACAUGACAAUCUGUUUCAUCUCUCUCAUGUUCAUUUUGACCGUCAUUCUGAUUACACACACCUAGACUCCAUUACACAAUCACAGCCACUCAUUCCAACACUACAUUGUGAAGUACACGCUCAGUGUCUUGAACCUUUAAACACACUUCCUGUACAGUGUCACUUGUUAAUAAGUUACAUUCUAUUCAUGUGAGCAAUUUUUAAAGAAACUAUUAAACUAUUACG